AUGAACCUCGAGGAAGAUGGCAGCACGAUUGGCACCAGACAAUUUUGCGUCAGAGUGCAAUUUCGUCUCCUGGGUCAGUUCAGUGUUGCUUCGGUCUCCGCCUGUUCAACGUACCACGCACACUCCGAGCCUGCAGAGCGAGUCUACAGAAUGGGAGACAAAGAGCUUGCGAACGGCGUCGCCAGCCCCACGCCACAGAGUCUGGUCACGGAGGAGCACGUCCAAGCGGCCCUUCGGAAGGACAAGGGUCCUGACGCCCAUCUCACCUCCUGGAGCGUGGAGGACUUCACCAGGAAGGGCGAUAACUAUGCUUGCGUCGUCAGCAGCGUGCGAGUCAGCUACACCAAGGGCAAGGAGGACGGGGAGGUCGUGUACGUCGUGAAGCUGAACCCUUGUAGGAACGUGGAGUCGUUUAAGGAGUUCACACACACGAUCUUCGAGAAAGAGUGCCGGUUCUACCUGUCGCUCGUCCCCGACCUGAACCGGAUGCUGGAGGGCGCCGGCCAGACCCUCUUGCGGGUUCCGAGGUGUUAUCACGGUACCCUCGAGGACGACAGAGAAAUGAUAUUCUUAGAGGACCUCCGGCCAAGGGGCUUCAAGAUGUUCGAUCGCAAAAAGGGUCUUGACGUUGCCCACGCCACCCUGAUCCUGCAGGAGCUCGCCAGACUCCACGCGGCGUCCGUCCUUCUGCAGACAGAGACUCCCGACGAAGACCUGUCCGAAAAAUACAGUUUUCUGAAGCGCGACUGGCUUGACGUCGGGAACGACUCUCCCCACAGCAUCCAGUCCCUCUUUGACAGCUACCUUUGCAACGCCAUCGACAUCCUGAAGACGGUGGGCGGCUACGAGAGGGCUAUAGCAUGGGUGGAGAGCCUCAGGCCAGACUUGGAACAGAUCUUCAAGUCGAAACUGGGAAUGUCGAAGUUCAACGUGGUCUGUCAUGGCGACUGCUGGAAUAACAACGUUUUAUUCAGGUACGACGCCGACGGCCGCCCCGUGGAGGUGAUGCUCCUCGACCUCCAGCUGUGCCGCAGGGCCUCCCCAGCCACCGACCUCAACUACCUACUCUACACCAGCAUCACGGGCGACGUCAGGAAGCCCAACCUCGAGAAAUUCUUGGCUUCUUACUACACCUCCUUCGCCUCGGUCCUCCGCUCGGCUGACUACGAAGACUUCCCUUCCGAAAAGGAAUUAAUGGAGGCCUUCCGGGAACACAACGUCGUCGCGGCCAUCUUCUCCAUGAUGAUCGUGCCCAUCGUCCUCAUGGAAUCCGACGACGUGCCCGAUCUCUCAACGCUCACGGAUGACAACCUUGAUGAUCUCAUAGACGAGCUCAAGGGCAACGCGCUGAAGAUGCUCGACUCCAACCCUCUCAUGAGGCCUCGAUUUCUCUCCAUGUUCGACGAAUUCAUGGAGACGGGACUUAUUCCUUGAAGACUUUUCAGAUAUUUUUUUUUUCUCUCUCACUGUUAUUUCUUAUUUCCUGACAGGAAUAAAUGCAGCCGAGUUUACAUACACGCCUGUAUACACGCCUACACAUAUAUACGUUCAUACAUCCACGUAUACACAUACAUGCGUGUAUAGAGAGGUUGAUAGAUAGACAGAUAAAUGUAGAUAAAUAGAUAGAUAAAUACAGAUAGAUAGAUAAAUGAAUAGACAGAUAUAAAUGGAUUUAGAUAGAUGGAUAUAGAUAGAAAAAAAAUAUCUAAAUAUAAAUAUAUACAUAUACGUGUGUAUAUGUGUAUAUGUAAGAUAAUUACAAACUAAUAUGAUUGCAAAUAGCAGUUGCCUCGUCCUUUAUCUAAGUUAAUUAACUCGAGGGGAACCUGAAACUUCAAUAUCAAAACAAAGAAAUAUCCAGAUACGGCGCCAAUUAUUGCAACUUCUGCAAAGUGUGCAAGCACAUUCCUCUUUUCUCCCUGUUUCUCUCUCUCAUUUUCUGUCUUUUGAAAUAUGUCUUUCUGUCUGUCUGUCUGUCUCUCUCUUUCUUUUACCUCUCUCUCUCUCUCUUUCUCUUACCUCUCUCGCUCUCUCUCUCUCUCUUACCUCUCUCGCUCUCUCUCUCUCUCUUCUCUUAC